CUAUAGCCUGCCUCAGCCAGUGCCGCUCCUUCACAACCGCAGGAGUCAAAAUUAACCUUUGAGCUAUCAUGGGUCGUAAGGAGAUUCACGGCAACUGGAAAAAAGUCAUCAACAACAUCAAGGACCUAUUUGACUUCAGAGAAGUUCUGGGAUCGGGCUCGUUCUCUCAAGUGUUCCUGGUCAGAGAGAAGAAGACUGGAAAUUUCUACGCACUGAAGUGUGUGAAAAAGAAGCUGCUCCAUCACAGCAACCUAGAGAAUGAAAUCAACGUGCUCAGAAGCAUCAAGCAUUCCAAUGUCAUUGGUCUGCAUGACUUCUAUGAGACCCGGACACACUACUACCUCGUCAUGGAGCUGGUUUCCGGAGGAGAGCUGUUUGACCGGAUCAUUGACCGGGGCAUGUACACGGAGAAGGAUGCCAGUCAUGUCAUCAGACAAGUGUUGGAAGCGGUCAGCUACCUUCACAAGAACAGCAUAGUUCACAGGGAUCUGAAACCAGAGAACCUGCUGUACCACAACCCUGACGAAGAUGCCAAGAUCAUGAUCAGUGACUUUGGUCUGUCCAAGAUGUCUGACCACGGCGUGAUGUCUACUCGCUGUGGCACCCCUGGAUACGUUGCCCCAGAGGUCUUGGCACAGAAACCAUACAAUAAGGCAGUCGACUGCUGGUCCAUUGGAGUCAUCGCAUACAUCUUGCUCUGUGGCUAUCCUCCUUUUUAUGAGGACAACGAGACCAAGCUGUUCUCUAAGAUCAUGAAGGCAGAGUACGCCUUCCAUUCUCCUUACUGGGAUGAGAUCUCAGAAUCAGCAAAGGAUUUUAUCCGACACAUGAUGGAGAAAAAUCCUAAAAAACGCUAUACCACAGAACAGGCUCUGUUACACCCAUGGAUCAUUGGAGAGACAGCGAGUACUAAUGACAUCUACGAGUCAGUCUGUGAGCAGAUACAGAGAAACUUUGCUCAGUCGCGAUGGAGGAAAGCCUUUAAUGCAGCGACAGCCGUCAACCACCUCAAGAAGCUUCAGCUGGCUCACAACGAUCCCCCAAUGACCCCCACGGGUGACGUCCCCGACAUUGAGGUGGUGGACAUGUGCUGUCCCGGCCCACGCGACAGCCACCUGGACUCCAACGGCAACCCACACGUCAGUGUGCCGCUGAGCGGGGAAGUGUCAAAGGGCCUGUGUCCACUCAAACCCAGCCACACAGAGCCCAUGCAUGCCCUGGUCGUCACUGAGACCGGCAAACACGCUUACCAGUCUGAGCCUCAACUGGACAGUGCUCAGAGUGGGAAGAGAGGGACUAAUCAAAUAGGUCAACCUCUGCAGACAGGGAUAUGUUCUGUUAUGUGAUCAUCAAACACUGGAUCAUGUGACUUUUGAUUGACAGCCCCUGUGGUUAAGCUGUUGAAGCUCCUGAGUGACUAUCCACUGAAAGUCAGCUUGAGGAAUUAUUUGGAGUUCGCUCAGUCCCAACACUCGAAUGAAUUCAGGCGCUCCACAAAAGACUCUCAGUCCAUUUGAACGCUUUCACACAGAUAUGCACUUUAACGUGUGACACGUCACACUGCUUUUAGAGAAAUGUAAACAGUAUAAACUGAAUUUUACUGUAAAUGCCGAAGAAGGGAAGGAAAGUUGUCUGCAAUGCUGAACAUUCCCAAAUAUAACAGAGCAUGCUCAGUGUCAGCCAGGUGUUUGAAGCUGCCUUGAAUGAAAAAGUAUCGUCUUUAACACAAGGUUGGCUGAACUGAACUGUGUUGAUUCAUAUUAUGGCUGAGAACAUUUUGGUGCUCUAUUUACUGUAUGAGUGUUUUCAUGUCUGUUCAAGACAGUGUGUCAUUCUUGUAACACACAUCUUGAUGGCAAGCUCAUUUCCCAGGCAACAGGGCAAACAAAGAGAGCACACAAAUGCCUGAAUGUUCAGUCAUUUAACCAAGUAUCAGUGGCCCUCCAGGGCUUGUGACCUUAUUUUCAUAAUGCUACACAUUUGCAUGUUGUAUUUUUAUCAUUAUCAUUUGUCUUCUUUGUUAUUUAUGAUAUAUAUUUAUGUUAUUUGUAUACUCACACUGAGCGCAGUGACUGUUACUUUUUCAGCAUGGUCUAAAUGUUUGUAACUCAUCAACAAGGCAAAAUGUAAGCCACACCACUGUGUGUUGGUCGAAAACAUUCAUAGUCGUGUGAGAAAGACUAACAGCAUAUUUGAGAUGAGGGAUGAUAAUAUAUGUGCCACUUCUACAGUAAAGACUGCUGAUAGGCUUCUGCAGUUUUGCUACUGUGUACAGAAAUUUUACAAAAAAAAAAAAAAUGUGUGAAUGGACAGUUUUUUGCACAGGCUGACAACCUGUGGCUAUAUCCUGCAUGAAUGUGUUUGUUUGUGUGUGUUUUUGUAUAGUGUGUGUGACUGACAGCACAGUAGAUACUGCACACAAUACAUAUGGCUUCCAUAUGAGAUUAUCACAGACCUCUUCACCGGGGGAGUGCAACAGUAGAGGAUGCUGAGAAUGUUUGCUGUAGUGGUACUCUGCGGAAGGCUGGACCUGUCUUGGAGCACUCCUCCUUACACUGUGGUCAGAUCACAGUGAUGUGUAAAAAACCCAGUAUUGUAUGGAACAAAAGGACUCAUUUUGUUGUCAUUAAACAUAUUUAUUCUCCAAUACCUUGUGUCUUAAUACUGGUUAA